GGAGAUUACUGCACUGUGUAUAAAAUAGCAGCAAUGCCGCCACCUACUGUGACACACCAUGUGAUCGCUGGUAUCCCCCAUGCCAUAGCAGGGAGGCAGUGUCUCAUCAGAUCAAGAUCCGCUCAGCCUGUUUCCAAUGGUGAGAAUUGUAACCUAAGCUUUAGUUUAUAGUAGGAAACCAGUGCUCAGUAGCUAUUUAACUAUUUACGAAGAGGUAACAUUAGCCACUAGGUCGCAUGAAGUGCACUUGCAGGAUAUCGGAUGCACUUCUCUUCAGUAAUUUCCUUUAUGGUGUAAUAUCUUUGUUCUGUGACAUACAAGCCUUCACAAUUUGCGCAGUUGCCUCUUGUACUUCCACAAUGCACAGAGCUUAUCAACCCAUAGUCCCAGCAGCAAACCUUUACCUGCAGGAUAAGUGGGACAGAAAUAGAUAUGAAACGCACAGAAAAAAGGUUGCAAUGGCUGUUCCUGCAGUAGAUACCAAAGGAUCUGAGACACCCGAACAUCUCCUUGUGAACAUGAAAAAAAUACAGAUGAACAAAGAACUACAAUCACUUAUAGAAAAGCAAAACCUGAUGCAUUCAAAGAAACUGAGCGCUAUACAUCAAUCUCAUGGACGUGUAGACAACUGGAACUUCUACCCCCAGCGCAGCAACCUCAAUGCAGCCCAUCAACGUCAAAAUGUAAACAUGAUUUCCUAUGAGAACGGAAAUAUAUUAGAAAGGAUCCUGAGACGAGAGUCUGAAUAUGGACGAUGGGAGUCAGAGUGGGAAAAGGUGAAACGGAUUCAAGCAAAUAUAUCCCGAUAUCCACAAGUUACUCGGAGACGAGGUGCGUCUGAACGUUGUACGGACCAAAAGGAGAAGAUGACAGAAAAGAUCUACAUCGGAAGAGACGUCACCUGGGAGACCCUGGAUAUGAGAGGUCAAAAAGAGGGACUUGAGUAA